GAGCUGAGGUGAGGAACCCGCCGCAUGGUAAACCUCUGACGCACAGAACUCGAUGAUACCACGUGUACGGUAAAGAUGGCGUGUGACGAUGCCAUCGUGCGGAGCACCAUCGUUUAACCUUUCCGACAACCACGAAAUCCUCAAAACCUUUCCACCUCCCCUACCUGUUAGCGAUCUUGCUGUGUUCCCCUACACCUACGCAUGAUUCACACACCUCCUUUGUUGUGAUCGUCGAGACCUACUCUUAGGGUUUCGCAUUUCCAUUGUCUGGUUAAUGCAGCAGAACAAUAAUUAGGGUAUCAAUCAAAAGUCAUACUGAUGUUGUUGUUGAGGUUUUCCGCUUCCUCAUCACAGUAACGCGCAAAUUGCAUGGUUAGAAGGAGUGUUUAGCAUUUCUCAAAUGAGCACUGACUCGGAGGUUUCCUCAGAAAGGCCAAUAUAGCAAGAAUUGUCUUAGUAACAAGUGAAAUGUCUUUCCACAAUCAAGCAUUUUGGACGGGGAAGAGCCCUGGGUGUUUGGACGAUGGUGACCCGACCUAUGAUAAUUCUUCUAGAGUUGAGUCCAAGCGUACUCAGCAGUGGUUCAUGGAUUUCCCUGAAGUGGAUCCCUUUCCCAAUAAGAAACAAGCAGUAGAGGCCCCAAACAAUUUAUUAUCUGGAAUGAUCAACUCCAACAUUUCUUCGUGGGGAAAUUCCUCAGGUUUUCACUCUUUGACAGGUCAAUUUACUGAACAACUGUUUGACCCAAAUGCAGCAACUAUGAAUUUUGCAGAUGCUAAUGUUUCCUCCGUUAGCAUAGAUAAUAAGUUGAGUGUGGAAAGCAAGGAUAACAUGGAUCCCUUUAGGAGUGAAUCCUCAUUUGGUUUAUCCAUGUCAUCUACAUUAGAAGAUCCUCGAUUAGUCUUUAAUUAUGAUGGAAUUAGAAAAGUCAAAGUUAAUGAGGUGAAGGAAUCUGAGAAUGUCAUGUCUGUUACUACAAAUAAUCCCUAUGAUAGGGGAGCUAACAAAAAUUUGUCAAAUCCUCUUGCAUAUAAGGGGGGUGAUAAUCCCAUGUCAAUGAGUCUCUCCUACAACAAAGGGGUUGCCAAUAUAAUAUCAAUGGAUGGUGCAUAUGACAGGACAAAUAACAGUUUAAUGUCAAUAGGUCAAACGUAUAACAAAGGAAAUGACAGUUUAUCUAUACAUCCGACAUAUAAAGAGAUUUGUAAUACAAUAUCAAUAGAUCAGAGUUUCAAUAAGGUGGAUUGCAAUGCCAUAUCUAUUGCUCAAGCAUACAACAAGGCCCAUGACAAUUCUGUGUUAACUAACCACAUAUUCAAUAAGGUUGAUGAUGACACCACAUCAAUGGGUCAUGCUUACCCCAGGGAGGGAAAUGAUGUGCCAUUUGUUUCUCAUUCAUAUACUAAAGGAGAGAGCACCAUCAUCUCCUUUGGUGGCUGUGAUGAUGAUGAUACAACUCCCUCUGACUUAUUCAUUUCCAACUAUGAACUGUUGAUGUGUCAAGCACCUUCACAUAAGUCAGAAGCUAUGAAUGAGAAAGAGUUGGGUAGAUCCAGUUCUAAUUUACUUCCUAGUACAGGUCAGACAUCUGCAUCUGAAACUGAAAAUCUUCCCAAGACAAAAGAUGAGACAAAAAUGUCCAAAAAAGCUACUUCAAACAACUUCCCUUCAAAUGUCAGAAGUUUGCUAUCCACUGGAAUGCUGGAUGGUGUCUCAGUAAAGUAUAAGGCCUGGUCACGGGAGAAGGAACUUCGAGGUGUUAUACAGGGCGCUGGGUACUUGUGCAGUUGUCAGUCGUGUAAUUCUUCCAAGGUUAUUAAUGCAUAUGAGUUUGAACGACACGCUGGUUGCAAGACAAAACACCCCAAUAAUCAUAUUUACUUUGAGAAUGGGAAAACUAUAUAUGGGGUUGUACAAGAGCUCAGAAGCACUCCACAGAGUAUGUUGUUUGAAGUUAUUCAGACUAUAACCGGUUCGCCUAUCAAUCAAAAAUCGUUCCGCAUUUGGAAAGAAUCUUUUUUGGCUGCAGCACGGGAACUCCAGCGCAUAUGUGGAAAACAAGAAGCAAAGCAAUUGUUAUAAAGGAGCAAUUUUGAGUUAUAAGAUAGGUCAUUCCUUGUUGGGUUCAUAGGAGUAAUGUUUGAUACACCUUUUGCUGACUGAUUGUCAACGAUCAAGUUUUGAAUCUUUUCCCAAUUGAGGGCAAACUCGUCUUUGAUGAAAAUAUUAGGUAACUCUGCAAACAUAAUGGAACGUGUAUUGCAAAUUGGAAGUAUCAUGGUGGGUUAAAGUCAGUGCAUUUCAUGAAGGAAAAUUGAUUUUAAUGUAAUGGUCUUGUUAAAUACAACAUAGUAUUAUGUGAUGUUCUUAUUCAUGUAUACCGUUGCCAUUUUCUUUUGCUGCAUGAUAAAAAACGAAGUUUGGUAUAAUUAUAUUUGAUUUACUUGCAGAUUCCCGGUUC